AUGGCUAAAAAGCAAAAUAACAAUAGUAAAAAAACUGCUACCGAUACAAAGAAAUCCUCAACAAAGAAGAAAGGUGAAGACAAAUCCAAUAACAAUAGUGAAUCUUUACUAAAAAAUGGAAAACAAAAACAGAAACUACCACAACAGCAACAAUCAAAUAGAUCAAAAAUCACCCAAACAUCCAGUUGGACAGGUAAAUUACCACACACAUUACUGCAUGAACAUUGUCAAAAGAGGAAAUGGAACAAAGUUGAAUAUGAUAUGAGAAGAAUUGGUGACAAAGGGAUGGUAGCCACUGCUAUUUUAUCUUACACUGAUCCCAAAACCAAGGAAAACCUAACUUUAAAAUUUACAGAUCCAUUGUAUAACAGGGAAACAAAAAGUGGUGGUGUUUUACUACCACAAGAAACUCCAGCAGAGGCCAGACAUAUGGCCGCCACAUUAGCUUUGUGCAGAAUUGCUUAUAACACAAACAUGCAUAUGAUGCUGCCGCCCAAUCAUCGCCAACUUUGGUAUAAACUCGAUGAUUAUAGGAAAGAUUUAUUAAAAAAUAAGCAAACGAGGAGAUGUAACAAACUUUUUGAUCCAGAACCAUUUACUACUUUGUUGGAAGAAAGAAAAAACAAAUUAUUAAAGGAAAAAGAACUUGAAGCCCAAAAAGCUCAAAAGGACAAAGCUUUAAAAACUCCACAAAUUAUUACCGAGAAAUCAGAAGCUCCUGUUAUUGCUAAAAAACCUAUUGAAAAGACAGUGCAUCUUAAGAACCAGAAAAGUAAUAGUAGCGGUACAAAUACUUUUAAAAUCAGAUUUCCACCCAAAGUGUGGGAGACCACCAUAUUUCUAGAUUUAAGUGAAAAAAAUAGAAACAUGAUUGAAAAUGAAUUGAAAUCACAUAUUAGCUGGAUUUCCAAAAUGAGAGAAUCUAACUACAAUACACAAGAAGAUAUUAGUGUGCUAGAACAAAAACUAAUGGCUUUGGGUUUCAGGAAAGCACAUGUUAAAGAAGCUCUAAAAUAUGAAGACCCCUUGGCAUUUUUGUUAAUACACUUACCAGAAGAUGAUUUGCCAACGUAUUUCCAGAAAAAUAUAGAAGAUACUAAAUUCAAAGUCGAAAUUUCUAAAUUAUCAAUAGACAAAAAAAACAAAAUUUCCAGAAUUUCUGAAAUGGGAUGUUCAUCAGAUGAAGCAGAAUAUGCAUUGGAGAUUAAUGAUUGGGAUGAAAACUUGGCUUGUGCUUAUUUAACCGAGAAUCUGGUAUAUCCUGUAUAUAAAGUUGAUAAAGACUCUGUUUAUGAUUUGACUAUGUGGCUUGAUGAAAUCCAAAGUUUGCAGGCCAUUUAUGGAGAAGAUAUUUUCCGCUUGGCAAAUGAAACUACCUGCAUGAUCCAGAUUGAUUCAAAAUUAAAAUUGAAACUUUAUUAUACCAAGGAUUAUCCCAACAAGUUACCUGGCAUAAUAAUUUCUACCUUUAAUAAAAAUUAUAAAUUACCCAAUUAUAUUAAAUUAGAGACAUUAACCAAAUUGAUAACCUAUAUAGGUGAGUAUAACUUGUUGGGUGAUAUGUUGGUGUUUCACAUUUAUGAAUGGGUUAAAGAAAACAUUUCAAAAAUUAUUGAAAAUCCGGGCCCCUUAUUUGAUCCCUUAUCGUUAAAUAAUACGGCUUCUCUAAGCACAGCAACUGCAGGGACUUUGGCUAAAAAAGACAACAAAUAUAACAGAUAUAACGUAAGUAAACAUACUCCAUUCUCCCAUCAAGAAAUUAUAAAAUUGAAAGGAGCUUAUGAUAUCAAAAUCCAAAGUUUGGAUUAUAAGCUUAUGUUAGAACAAAGAAAAGCGUUACCAGCAUGGUCCAAACAAAAGUCGAUUAUUGAUGUCAUUACUUCAAACAAUGUCACUUUAAUCACUGGUGAAACUGGUUCUGGUAAAUCCACCCAAAUAGUUCAAUUUCUCCUGGAUGAUUUAAUUAGUAAAAAGGGAGAUUUUACAAAAAAGAUUAUCUGUACACAGCCAAGGAGAAUUUCAGCAAUUGGUUUAGCUGAGCGUGUUUCCGAUGAAAGGUGCACUGCUGUUGGUGGCGAUGAAGUGGGUUAUAUUAUUAGAGGUGUAAAUCGAUCAACCAAGAACACUAGGAUCAGAUUUAUGACUACUGGUGUAUUGGUUAGAAUUUUGCAGACCGAUCUUGCGUACUUGCAUGACAGUAUUGUUGUCAUAGAUGAAGUUCAUGAAAGAUCUAUCGAUACUGAUUUAAUUGUUAUUUUGUUGAAAAAUCUAUUGUCCAAAGUUAAAGAUUUGAAAAUCGUUUUAAUGAGUGCCACGGUCAAUGUUGAUAUUUUCAAAAAUUAUUUUGAUAAUAAAUUGGGGAGAUGCCAUAUUGAAGGUAGAACUUUCCCCAUCAAGGAUUAUUUUUUGGAUGAAAUCCUACCAGCUUUAAAUUUUAAAAUUAAAAGUAACAAAUUCCGUGAAGAAUUUGAUGAUGAAAGUCCUGAAUAUUUAGUUCCCACUGCGAAUUCCAAAUUUUUCAAAACCGGCCAAAUUAACUACGAUUUGAUUACUGAUUUAAUCGGCCAUAUAGAUCAGAAAUUAACGAGAGAAAACAACGAUGGGUCGAUUAUCGUCUUUUUACCUGGUGUUGCUGAAAUUAGUAGAUCCUGUAAAAGUAUCUCUAAUGCAUACCAAAAUUUGGUUGUAUUACCAUUACAUUCUGCAUUAAGCCCGGAGGAUCAAAAGAAAGUUUUCAAAAAAUUUGUUGGUAAACGUAAAGUUAUAGUGUCAACAAAUAUUGCUGAAACCUCUAUUACCAUUGAUGAUUGUGUUUCCACUAUCGAUACCGGCAGAGCAAAGGCAAUGUACUAUUUACCUAAAGAAAAUUCUACCAAAUUAAUUGAACAUUUUAUAUCUAAAGCCGAAUCUAAACAACGUAGAGGGCGUGCUGGUAGAGUUCGUAGUGGGUAUUCCUAUAAAUUGUAUUCUAGAGACGUUUAUGAAAAUGAUAUGGCAGAUUUACCGACCCCUGAAAUCAAAAGGGUCUCAUUAGAUUCAUUGUACUUAAGUGUUAAAGCUAUGGGUAUACAGAAUGUCACCAAGUUUUUGAGCAAAGGAUUGGACCCACCUCCUAUAAAGGUGUUGUUAAAAUCAGAACAAAAUUUGACUACUGUUGGUCUAUUGAACAAAGAAGAUAAAAGCUUGACACAGCUUGGUUCAUUUAUAAGUAUGAUGCCCGUUAUGGAUAGCAAGCAUGGGAAAUUAUUAAUUUAUUCCAUUAUAUUUGGAUGUGCUGACAUUGGUGUUAUGAUUGCCAGUAUAUUGAGUGUUUCUGAUAUGCCCUUUACUGGUGGAUUGGAAAAUAGGGAUAAAAUCAAAGCUGUUAUAAAUAAAUAUAGCAAAAAAUACAACGAAUGCGGUGAUUUGGUCGCUGUAACUAAGCUUUUGGAAAGUUACUUUGAUGGUUCCAAUGCCGCGGAAAAUAAAAAGAAAUUUGUUACUAGUAAUUUUUUGUCAUACAAUAAAUUAAAUGAGAUAAAUUCUGCAAGAGCUCAAUUUUACUCAAUUUUGGAGGAUAUUGGGUUUUUACCACUAAAAUACAAACCAUACGCAGAGACUUAUUUAAAUAGAAAUGGUCAAAAUAUAGAAAUGAUCAAGUGCGUGUUGACUGGUGCAUUUUAUCCUCACGUUAGCCGUGUUCAAUUCCCAGAUCCAAAGUAUAUGAAUACCAGUUCAGGCGCCAUUGAGAAAGAUCCAGAUGCAAGGCAAAUUAGGUAUUGGAUUAGAAAUGAACAAUAUAUGGAAAAUGUAUAUCAGCAAAAAAUAGUGAACGAGAACGCAUUACCCAGCACAAGAGCAUUUAUACAUCCUUCUUCUGUAUUUUUCUCAACAAACAACAGUAACGCUGCUGCGGAGGAUGCAGAAGAACAAACUAAUGAUGUUAGCAAGAUAGACACUAAAACAGUUAAAAAAUUGAAGGCAUCAUUCCUUUUGUACAAUACUUCACAGACAACUACCAAAUUGUAUCUACGAACUAUUACUCCAAGCUCUGAAUUGGCUGUCUUAUUAUUUGGUGGUCCUAUAGACUAUAAUAUUGAUACAGAGGCAAGAUCACGUGGUAUUGUUGUUGAUAGUUGGCUACCUAUCCGUACAUGGUGCAAAAAUGGUGUUUUGAUUAAAGAAUUGCGUAUAUUAUUAGAUCAGGCCAUUAAAAUCAAGUUGGAGAAUCCGUUUUAUUCUACCAAAAAUUAUGAAUUUUCUAAGGCAGAUGACAUUUUAGAAGUAGUUGAAGUAUUAGUUCAAAGUGAAGAAUGCUGA